CAGCUGCGGUGGUCGCGGGUCCGCUCGCGGGUCCGCGCGCGGGAGGGCCGCGCCGUGCCGAGGCCGCGGGCGAGCGCCCCGGCCGGGGCCCCGAGGGCCUGGGGUGCUCCACCAUGAGGACGCGGGGGCCGACGCCCGAGCGCCGCGAUGCAGCGCCUCAGGAACACGUUUCAGCGCUCGCGCACCCCGACCGGCGCCGACAUGAAGAUGCAGUCCAGCCUGGACGUCCCCAAGACGGUGCGCAGUGCCUCCUUCGACGAGAUCCAGCUCGAGGCCAAGCGCAUGGAGGGGGCGUCCACGUCGUCGGCGGCGGGGGCGGAGGCCGCCGAGCCGUCGGGGCCGCUGCUCCGGGUGCCGCUGGUGGGCGGGCAACGCUCCAAGAGCUUCGACGGCGCGGGCGGCGGCGGCACCUACACCUCCCCGCCGCCGUCCGCGACGACUGGCGGCGAGGACGGCGGGGCGUUCCUGGAGGUGCCGGCCAAAUCACGCUUCCAACGGCGGCGAUCGUCCGGGGAGCGCGGCGCGGCGGCUUACUGCAUCCACUGCGCGCUCAUGGAAGAGUAUCACCGCGAGCCGCAGCAGCUGGCGAGGAAGCUGGUCCACGCCGCGCCCCUCCCCUCCACCGAUGACGAGGACGACGAUGAUGACUCGGAGGACGACGUGGGCGAGGACUCGGACGACGAGGGAGAUGACGAGUCGUCGCUGCCGUCGCCGCCGCCCUGGCCGGGGCCAAACCUGGACGACGUGGCGGUGCCGCCGUGCGGCAUCCUGGUCACGCUGUCCGCGUCGCCGGCCUCCCCGGAGAACGAGCGCCCGCCCACGCCACCGCCCGCCUCGCCUGUGCGCCGCCGCUCCAUCCAGCGCCAGGAGGCGCUCGUGUUCGUGGAGCCACCACCGGAGCUGGCGCAGCUGGCUUCGCUGGCGCCGCAGACGAGCAGCUCGCUGGAGUACGAGUACUCGGACGCCACAUCGGACGGCAGCGACGCGGCGCUGGGGCCGGCGCCGGCCCCGGAGGCCUCGGCCGCGCAGCCCGGGGCCGGCGGGGGCCUGCUCGUCAGGGACUUCUACCUGGCGGUGCCCGAGCUCAAGCGGGACCGCGCCGCCUCCGUCGACUCGUGCUUCAUCAACAAGGCGCCGGCGGGCGGCAAGGCCGAGGAGGUGGUGCAGGCCCCGGGGACCACGCUGGGCAGCACGCUCGAGCCGCCCAUGGCCGGGGCGGGCGCGAUGCGCUCGCGCUCCGUGGACAUCGUGCUGCCCACGGACGAGCAGGCGCGCUACAAGGCGCUGGCCAUGGCGGCGCCCGCUGCCACCCCCGCGCCCGCGGUCCCGCUCGCCAGGCGGGCCGUGGGCGCGGAGGGCGCGCAGAGGGAGUUCAGAGCCACGCCGGACUGGGCCGAGUCGGCCGUCAACGGAGACCACCUUUGGUCGCCCACCACCCAGUCGGGCGACAUGUGCUACGUCGGAGAGCCCGAGUGCACGAAACACGGGCCGCGGUACAAGUGCGCGGCGUGCAAAAUCGUGGCGCACCAGUCGUGCGUGCCCGUGCUGAUCGACCGGCUGCGAUUCACCUGCAAGGCGACCUUCCGGGACGUGGGCGUGCGCGCGUACCGCGAGCAGGCCAGCACCGCCGUCACCCACCACUGGGUGCACCGGCGCUCGCAGAAGGGCAAGUGCCGCCAGUGCGGCAAGUCGUUCCAGUCCAAGCUGUCGUUCAGCAACAAGGAGAUCGUGGCGCUGAGCUGCAGCUGGUGCAAGACCUCGUACCACAACAAGGAGGCGUGCUUCAACCUCACGCGCAUCGGGGAGGAGUGCACUCUGGGCUCCCACAAGACCAUCGUCGUCCCGCCAUCCUGGAUCGUCAAGCUCCCACGGAGGGGCAGCUUCAAGUCCAGUCUACGGAAGUCCCCGAAAAAGAAAGGCUCCUCCAAGAAAAAGUCGAAGGAAAAGGCCGAGAAAGAGCCCCGGGCGUUCGUCAUCAAGCCCAUCCCCACCGCCAACGUGCGGCCCGUGAUCGUCUUCAUCAACCCCAAGAGCGGCGGCAACCAGGGCGUCAAACUGCUGCAGAAGUUCCAGUGGCACCUCAACCCCCGGCAGGUGUUCGACCUGACGCAGGGCGGGCCCAAGAUGGGGCUGGAGCUGUUCCGGAAGGUGCCCAACCUGCGCGUGCUGGCGUGUGGCGGGGACGGCACCGUCGGCUGGGUGCUCUCCGUGCUGGACCAGCUCACCUUCCACCCGCCGCCCGCCGUCGGCGUGCUUCCCCUCGGCACCGGGAACGACCUGGCGCGCGCGCUCGGCUGGGGCGGGGGCUAUACGGACGAGCCCAUCUCUAAGAUCCUGUCGAACAUCGGCAACAGCGAGACGGUGCUGCUGGACCGCUGGCAGCUCAAGGUGGAGAAGAACAACGAUGCCAAGGAGAAGGGUGACGGUAAGGAGCAGCUGCCCCUGUCCGUCGUCAACAACUACUUCUCCAUGGGGGUGGACGCUCACAUCGCGCUCGAGUUCCACGAGGCCAGAGAGGCGCACCCGGAGAAGUUCAACUCGCGGCUCCGAAACAAGAUGUUCUACGGUCAGAUGGGCGGCAAGGACCUGGUGCGCCGAAAGUGGAAGGGCCUGGCCGAGCUGGUGACGCUCGAGUGCGACGGCAAGGACCUGACGCCCAAGCUCAAGGACCACCGCGUGCACGCCAUCGUGUUCCUCAACAUCCCGAGCUACGGCGGCGGCACGCACCCGUGGAACCGAGCCUUCGGCAUCGAGCAGGCCACGGACGACGGGCUGAUCGAGGUGGUGGGGCUGACCACGUACCAGCUGCCCCUGCUGCAGGCCGGCGGCCACGGCACCUGCAUCGCCCAGUGCCGCACGGCGCGCAUCGUCACCUCCAAGACCAUCCCGAUGCAGGUGGACGGCGAGGCGUGCAAGCUGGAGCCGUCCGUCAUCACGCUGUCGCUGCUCAACCAGGCCACCAUGCUGGCCAAGCGGCGCGGCGGCCGGCCCCAGGCUCAGUCCGCGGCCCAGGAGUCGGUCCGGGUGUCGGUGCUCAGGAUCAACAUGCCCGACUACGAGCAGCACCACUACGAGAAAGAGCUGCUCGCCCAGGCCGCGCUGGUGGUCGGCGAGAUGGACGUGAGUCCGGCUGCCGACCUGGAGCAAGUGAGGGCCAUGAUCUGCAAGCUGGACAGCCCCAACGUGCCUCCCGAUUGGUGCUUCGUGGACUCGUGCACGGCGGAGCGCUUCUUCCGCGUGGACCGCGCGCAGGAGCACCUCCACUUCCUCAUGGACAUCGCCGGGGACCAGCUCUUCAUCCUGGAGGAGGCCCCCGACGUCCAGGACGCGGCCGGAGGCUCGGGCGGCUCUGGCGGCUCGGGCGCGGCCACCAAGGACGUGUCGCGCGAGACGUCGCAGGAGACGUCGCAGGACGUGUCGCAGGAGGUGCUCUCGCCCUCGGACGACCAGUCCACCUCGGACAGGGCCUCGCCCGACCCUCUGACCGACGACACCAAGGACACCCACGCGGCCGCCCCCGCGGCCAUGGCCGCCCACGCACCCCACCACUCGUACACCCCGGUGUACUCGACCGACGGGGUCCCCUACGCUUCAGGCCACGGCGGUGACUCGGCCGCGGGCUCCAGCCGAACGCAGCAAAAGUUAUUUGGACUGAACUAUGUUAAGUACAGCCACUUGCUGGAGAAAUCGUCGGAAGAAGUUCUCAGGGCCUCCAGAGAGAAUGACUUAAGAAGACUGAGGGAUCUCCACCAGCAGGGCUAUUCCAUGCUGUCCAUCGACGCCGUUGGCCAGACGGCUCUCCACAUCUCCGGCCGAGCAGACCACCGCGACAUCGUCAAGUACCUGCUGGCCAACGCCCCACCGUCUAUCGUCGACAUUCCGGACACGGAGCGGGGCCAGACCGCGCUGCAGGUGGCCGCGGCGGCGGGCCGGAGGUCCGUGUGCUGCCUGCUGGUGGCGGCGGGCGCCUCGCUCAUCGUCAAGGACCGUCAGGGGAGGACGGCCAAGCAGCUGGCCCGGGCGGCCGGCGACGAGACGCUCGCCGACUACCUGGAGAGUCAAGAGCGCUUCCACCUUGUGACGGAGGACGUGGAGACCAUCGUCUAGGGCGCCCCCCGGCGCCUGGGCCCCUGCCGCCGCCCCACCACCGCGCCCUCCCAGCCGCGACCACACCGGGGGAGGGACACCCGGGGACACCCCGCACCGGAGUGGAGGAGGGACAGCCCGUGCGCAGCGGGAAGCAGCAGCAGUCGAAGGUUGACGUCGCUUUGACGUCCGAAGGACUCAAAUCGGCGUCGAAAGUUGCCCGCUCGGCUUCCUCUGCCACUUACCCGAGGGCUGGGCUACUCGCCACUGAUUGAGCCUCGGUUGGCUAGCGGCCUGCCCCGGGCCCCGGCUAGCACCCUCCCCCUCCCCUCGCGCUGCCCCGGGUGGAGCGAGGCGCCUUCCCCACCCCUGGACAAGCCUGGACAGACGGAGGACCCGGCAAAGGGCCCGGUAAUGCGAAUGGACGCUCAAGGGCGCACGCCUUGCCCUGCCCUGCGCCACACUCAGAUGUGCCCAACCUUGAGAAUCGCACGUGCAGCGAUGUCAAGCCAAGUUACACUCACUGAAAUGUCUAUGACCAACAAAUUAAACCAGAAAUCUCCGUUUUUUCCUCGGACUUUUGCAGAGGAAAUGCGAACACUAGAUCCAAGAAGACUAUGAUUUUAUUGUACAUUUCACUCAACUGUCUUUAUUUGCUCUGCCAUUACUUUACAUUGUCUCAAAGUUGUAAAUUUUAUGCAUGAUGUAUUUAAUUCUUUUCUAGUUUUUCCACAAUUUGAUUGUCAUGUUACAUAUGAUCAUUAAGACAAUUAGUGUAAAUACUUUACGACUGUUAUGUGCAUGUUAUUCAUGACCUUCACUUCAUCAUAUUGGAUGUAGUUGAAUCUCUCUUAUUUUUGUUCCUUUUUCAUUUGUCAUAUUUUUUCUAUAUGAGCAAGUACUCUGUUCCAAUUGAACGUUUAGAAACUUGCCACAUUGCAGUGAUCCUAUUUUGUAGAGUGAUAAGAGUCUUUAUGUGGAAUCUUAAUGAAUAUCUAUUUUGUGAUGCAAUAAUAUAAUAAGUCAACGUCUCUCUAAGUGAAUAAUUAUAAGAAUUUUUUCACUUGACAUUUGUUAGGUCUUCCAUUUGCUUUUGUUUGGGAAGAGUUAACUUACCUUUCCAUCCUAAUUUUCAAAUGCAAUUUAAUAAUACUAUAUCUGAGAUUUUUUUUAAAUAGUAGGAGAUAUUUACCUCUCAAGAAAUGUGCUAGUGUAAUCUUGUGGCAUAAUUUCUACGUAAUUUAACUUUUAUAAUUUUACUAGGUAUCUUCAAUAAAAUGUGAAGUAUGCACACCUCUGACUCAAAAGUGUACCUUACUAGGAUGUUAUUUCUAAGAUAAUCUAUUCUACAAAGCUUGAAUAUCAAAACUUUUUCUUUCUGGAUUAAUUUUAAGACAAACCUGCAUCACUAUCGUAUCAAUGCCGUAUCGGCACUGACUUUUUGAUGGCAUUAAAUUAUCUUCGUUGAUGAAAAAGACCCCUGAUGCAUCAUAUGAAAAUAAAUCAUGAUUUCUAUAAACUGUUCAAGAGGAAAACGUUUUGAUAUUCACACAUUGCAGAAAAAUCAAUCUUAGAAAUACAAUGAUUUCAUCAACUAAAAGUUCGUCAGGAACAGGGUAAAACCUUGUUACCACACCUAGUUCACCACUUUGUGAGCAAGCAACAAACUGACAACUACCCAUUUUUUCAGAACGUGGGUAAUCUCAUUUCCUGGAUCACAUUUCUUGCCAAUUUUAACUGUUCAGACAAUAGAGUAGACACCCUUUUGCCAUGUUGUAGGUAGGAUAGAAGUCCCUCAGUAGGUGGUAAGCCAAGUGAAUCAUUCUCUAAGUUUAUAAUUAAACUAUACUGGUGGGACAAACCCAGUCAUCAAAAUCUCUGGCUGCUCAAACCUAAUGCUGUGAAUACAAUGGUGAGUGAUUUCAUGAAGCAUUUGUUUCUGUCAGAAUCUUUACCACUUGUAUAAGGAAACGUUGCCACAUUACAGUGUAGAUCUGAAUCAUGGGAGCAUCAACUCUUUUCUUUAAUUAAAAUUUUAUUAAGAAAUGUCAAUUUUGUAGGACUUGACUGUUCUUUAUCUUACUAAUUGAUUGUUAUUUAUCUAAAAAUUUAAUAGGUUAUUAUGACGUAAAGAAACGUGUGAUGCUCCUCUUGAAUGUAUAUAGCAUUAUUUUCUAUAAUCUGAGUUACUGAUCAAUCAAUUAUCACUUCAUGCAGUUGUUUACCACUGAACAUAAAGUGAUUCCAGAAAAUGUCUUCAAUCUUUUACCAAAUUUUAAAAAACUUCCCUUAUGAGGCUCUUAAGAUUUUGCUUACUAAAGAUGCUCAAAGCAAUAAAUAGCUGUGCUGUUUUGCAGUUCCAGCCAAUGUUUUCAGUGAGACGCUAUUAUUAUUUGACUUUCAUGGCUGUGGUCCAAUUCAUGAAGUAAAUGGAGCUUUCAUAUCCUUUACAUAAUGUAAUAUUGUUCUUUUAACUUUUGUUGUUAUUUCUUGUGAUUUAUUGUUGUUAUUUGAUUGCGAUAUCAACGAAACUACACUGUGGAUGGUAAAUUUAUUGCCUAUAUCUAAUGUUUUCAAUUGUGGACCACUCUAGUCUUAUGUAGUGACAUCUGUUAUGGCAUGAGAAAUAAGUCAUCUCUCUAUGACAGGGUCACACUGUCUUAGGUACUUUAAGUGGCUAAGAAGUGAUUUUCAUCUUCAAUCUUUCGCUUUUAAGGGUUUUAUAUGUGUAUCUGACAGAAAAAUGUCAAUGAGUAAUACUGCUGUGUUAUUUUUAAACGAUGAGUAUGAGCAAGAUUUUUCUCUUAUGGAGACAUGUGACUAAAUAUGAUCAGCUGGAAUUGGGAGCAUAACCGGUAUUCAACAAAAGUUGCAAAGUACCUCCUUUUUUUCAGUAAAAGACAACGACAGAAAACUUGUGCUGAACGCUUGGUUGUGCAAACUGGAAGCUUGUAAAAGCACUUUGUUCUGCUUGGUUAGUCAGGGUAAUGAUAAUUAUAGAGGGCAACCACAAGUUGGAAGUGUAAGGAUAAUUAAUCUCAGCUAUUCUCAUGUCUGCAUUGUUACGUUUGUUUCUAUAUGCUUCAAAUGGAAAGACAUGUUAUUUGACUUAAUAGAUGAAAAAAUUCCCAUUAUUUUCAAAAAUUCAUUUAAUGAAAACACAUUGGUUACAGUCAGAGUUCCUAUGAGGAGAUACAAACUAACCGGGGAAUGAAUGGGACAAUGGCAGUGUAUUGACCAGUCAAAUCACCAAUACUACAUAAUUCAUCAAAUUAAUGAGCCCAAGUUUUUGCACUUACCCAUCUACACAUUUUUGUCUCAAGUACACAUUCAUCAUGAGACCCUUAGUUAGAUAAAAAUAUAAAAAUAUUUAUCUUUCCUCUUUGAAUAGUCUAUCUAUGACUGACACACCUUCCCAGCAAUACAAAUGUAAAUUCUAAAACUUCGUCUUAUUUUCACCCUCUAUUUUAGUAAAUAAUGUAGAAAUGAAUGUAAAUAUUGGAUAAAACUGCUCUUCCUUGUAAGAAUGAAAGGACCACUUGUAGAGUAGGCACUCUCACUCUAUAUCCUCAACAUUUUGUAUAUAAGCUAAGAAUGUGAGCAGUGAGUUCUAUGGAAUGCUUGGAAAAUGCAUAUCAUAUCUUUUACAAAACGUUUUUAGUAAAUAUUCAUGUUGAUAAAUGACAAUCACAUAUCGAUCGUAGAUGCUAAUUGCUUCAAAAGUUGUCUUUCCUUAAUUUGAGAGUAAGUCUUUGUGGACAGACACUCAGAAAAUGGAAAAUACUCUGAAAGUUUUCUGAUUAUUUUCUCUCAUUCAAGUCAGUUCACCAACUUAAUUUCACAUUGAUUUCGCUCCAAAAAAAAGAGAAAAAAAAAGGGUCACUGACAUUUGGAAAAAUUAAUACAAUGACUUAAGGAUGAGCAUUGUCAUUAGUGUAAUGUAUAUUCAUGCAUAUUCCACAUUCCAAUCUCUCUACUCAUUUACUGUAAUAAAAUUUAUGUUCUUUACAUACAUCAUCUCUUCAAUCGGAGAGGUAAAUUAAUAGAAUGGUUGAGCUUUGCACAGCUAACAGAUUGAAUGGCUAUGUUGCAUUUCUAGUUGCCCCUUGUAAUCAGAUUGUCUGACACAAGAAAGUGCUGUUCCAAAUAGAAGCCCAAUUUCCUUAAGGAAUCAAGUUUCAUUCUGUGGAAACAAAAUUACAUUAGGAAUGUUAAAUACCUAAACCAUCUGAUUGCUGGUUGGGGAACAAUUAGACUGAAAACCACUUCGAUCUGAGAUACAAAACUGUGUCUAAAAUUGUAUAGUAGAUCUUAUAAUUAAAGAAGUAGUUCAUAUUUAACAUUCCAUUCAAAACUUUUGUCCAUUGUUCUCCUGCGCUUAUGCCUCUAUUUCUUUCUAACAGUACUAAAUCCAUUUUUUUUCAUAUGUUAAUCGUAAACUCUCUCCUUCCCUUCUUCCUCCAUUUUAAACAAAUGUUAUCUGCAUACAACAGAAUAAUUGAAUGAAAUAUUGUACAAAUGAAGUAAAAGAUACUAAAACACCAAGAGUAUUUGUCAGAGAUAACAUUUAGACAAAGCUAUGGUCUUUAGUGUGUCUAGAAUUAAUCACAAAUUUCCAAACACCAAACAUACUCUAUCUGUACAAAAUUUGGGUUUGAAAAGUUAGCAUAAAAAUCCAGCUCAUGGUUGUUGUUUUCAACCCAUUGUUUUCUUACCACUAAAACAAACAGGGGCAUCACUGGAAAAUAGUGCACUGGCUGGUUGAGUCAUACAAUAAAUACAGUAACAAGAAAACUUCUUAUACAGUUCACAUUUUUAAAAGACUACCAAAUUGAUGGAGUUGGUCCUGCAUCAAAAAACUAGAAUUUAAAAGUUGGUCUAUAUCUAAGCCAUAAUAGUUAAAAUGAAAACAAUCAUGCCUUGAAGACCUUAUGAAUAAAUACUAAAUAUUGUACAUAGUUACUUUAAGUUUAUAAAGUAUUCUUGUAAUUUUUCUGACUCUUAUGUUUAUACACUAAAAUGAGACUUACUUGCCUCUCAAACUACUUCCCAGAAAGCUCCAACUUACAAAAGGUAACAUUGGGUCAAAGAUUGUACCGUGUUUGAAAAAAAAUUGUAGCUGACAAUUCUGUAAGUCUGUAAGUCAGAUAAGGGUACAUAUUUAUCUUUUAAUUGUAUUUUUUCCUUGUCCUUAUUGAGGUCUCAAUUACAGUUCACUCCCAGUGCUUGGUUUAA